UCACAAUUUUUCGCUGUGUAUUCUAUGUAGAAAGUACAACUCUUUAUACAAUAGUUAAAAGCUGAUUAUUCUCUUUCUCGCCACAGGCAUGUGUGUACAUACAUAACGAAAAUCGAUGAAAAAACUCUUCUCAACAAAAAAGAAAGCUUAUAAAUAAAAUUUCAUUGCAAAUAAAGCUCCACACAAGUAUUGUGUAUAUAUACCUGCACUGAAUUCUCAGCGCAUUGUUUUUACUUCGUUCCACUUUUUCGUUACGAAAUUGCCGUACGUGCUACUUUAUUUAUUUUGAAAUCGCUCGGCCGAUAAAGAAGUAGAACGCGCAUGGCCUAUACUCUGCGUCGUCGAAGGUGCAGCACCCAGAUGAUCGGCCCGCGAGAGAGAUCGAAACACUGUACACACUCACACAUAGUGUAUAAGCGCUGCAGACCAGCUGGCGUUGAUGGCCAAAGAGUCCAAAGACACAACACACGCACACGCACCCCUCCUACUCCGUGGCACGCACACAGUUCUGUCUCAGGAAGCCUUCUGCCUGCAGCCCCAAUAAACAAACCCGUCCAUUCUCACGGAAAUAGAAUUUUUGUUUGACAGUCAGGUCUUGGUGCAAUUGAAAUGUCGAGGGUGUGCUCGUGAUAUAUUCUCAAGCGAGUUACUCUUUAAAUUAUUCUCGAGGAAUUGUGUGUUUUCUCGCAGCUCAAAUAAGUGUAUCGCAAGAAAAUGGGUAGCACUGACAAGGCUGUGAUCACGGGCUUCAUAUGCAGGCUUUGCAGCAAGAUGAAUCGAUUUGUAAUCCACAUCUACGGCGAGGAAGGCGAGAGGAUGAAACUCGCCGAGAAAAUCAAUAAUUAUCUUCCUAUAACCGUGAAUGCAAACGACCAACUGCCAAAAACUGCAUGUCUGCAUUGCAUAGAGAGAUUAGAAGCUCAUCAUGAGCUGAUGACGCAGUUUAAUGUUGCUAGGCGGAAAUUGAGUAGCGAAAACAGAGCUAGCACCAUAUCAUCCUCCGCAGCAUCAUCAACAUCCAUUGAUACGACAGCUGCAUCCAAUAGUCCACCCCCCUGUUGACAGUUUCAAGACUCUUGCUCGAGUGUAUUUAAUUAAUAGGAAAUUAAUCAUUAGGUUAAGACAUUCUUCAUCAGCAUAAAAGGUAUUGAUGAGCUUUGAAAUUUGCUUAUCAAUGUAGAUAACUGAUAUUAACAGUGAAUUGAUUUGUUAAUUGAUUUUAUAUUUUUCUAUAUCCAAGUUAUACAUUUUGUGUUUUAUUCAGAUAAUCUGAUCUGCAUACUUGUCUCUAGAUCAUAUAUAAUAUGCACCGUAUGUACUACUAUAGAUUCUGAAAAUCAAAAUCAUGCUAGUAUGGAAUAAUAAUGAUGAACUUCAAUAUUUUUACAUUUUUUUCAGAGCUCUGUUAAUAAAAACUUUUCUUAAAUUGAUAAAUCAUUUAUUUUGAAUCUUACUUAAUAUUCGCUAUUUUAACAAAUUUAAUUAUAAGAAGAUAUUCAUUUAUAUUUUUUGUUUGUCUUGAGUAAUGUACAAAGAGAAAGUCACAUUCGUCGUUGAAGUGAGAAUGCGUGUAGAGUCAUGAAGCAUUGAGAAAUGCAACAUUUAAUAAUAAUCAUUGUGGCAAUGUAGUUUUGAAAUGAUAAAUAAUUCUUUAUUGUAUACUUACUUAAUAUGUAUGUAAAAGACAUGUGUACGGCAACAGUAAUGCAUGAGUUCUAAAUGAAAACCAUCUGUACAUUUUGUAAAACAAUACUAAUGCUUAUACUGCUUCAUCAUUAUAAACAAUCGAGCAAUAUAAAUAGUCUUUGUAUGUUUAAAGAAUUUAUAUGAAUUGUGAAGAAUAUCAAUAAUAAUAAUAUAAUUUAUUGUAUAAAACUUGGCUACAGACUGUCAUUGAAUUGUAUAAAUAAAUAUAUGAGUUACUGAAAUCCAUCA